AGCAGCGCUCUAGGGAAAAAAGCGGACCAAUCAGAAAGCAGUGCGCCCUCUUCGCGGUUCACCUGUUUAGUUCAUAACCUAACUGGACUCGCUGCCUGCUUCAGUAGUAAAACACGAACCGACGCGAUGGACAGUGGAACCGAACCGCUUUCUGUCUCCAUCCGCUGCAGAAAGUAGCGCCCCGGGUCAUGGCUCGGAGUCGAUCCGACUUCCUGCCGCUCCUGCCCCGCCGGAAUGCCCGGCUGGACUCGUUCCUGAAGCGGAACACGGAGCGGGCUCUGUACGAGCGGAUCCGAACCUACGAACCGUGCGUGGUGGUCUCUGACGUCAUCAACAAGGUCUACAUGUACGCGGUUCUGAGUGACGAGCGCGUGUACCUGACGGAGUUCCCGCCGCGCGCGCUGACCGCCGCCGUGAGGCUCGAGCGCGUGCGCGACAUCGAGCUGGUGAACGACCUCCCAGAUUUCCUCAGUUCAAAGGACAGGGAGCGCUGUCAGCACAUACGGAUCACCUACGUCCCAGAAAGGCCUGCAGAGAAGGAACAUGAUUGGUUACAGAGGGAGAAGAGGGCGGGGCUUCCUCCUGUGGCCCCGCCCUCUCGCAGAGCCAGCCACUGUCCAAUCAGAACACACGACUUAAAAGGACAUCCUGCAGACAGCUGGUGGAAGAAAGAGGAGCUCCAUCCGGUGAUGAAGACGAGCCGCUCUGCCUCCUGCCCCGACCCGGAGACUCUGGGCCUCCCCAGAAUCCCUCUUCCUCAUCCUCUUCCUCCCUCGCCUCCUUCAUCACCGCCAGAGGAAAACCUGAAAACAGCCGAGAGCCGCCAGGUGACCCGGAGGAUCGGCUCCGUCCUGACCCGGCUGCUGAGGCGGGACCGAGCAGACUCCAGGGAAGAGAGGGACGCCGAGCUGCACCUUUACGUGGUUUCUCAGACCUCCACCCUGUACCUCCACCUGCAGAGCUGCUGGAACAGCUUCGUCAUCAAGUCGACCCUGCUCCUGGACCCGGACUACAGGAGGAGAAGCACGCCGUCGUCCGACUCCAUCAGCGCGGAGCGGACGGCUCACCUGUUCGCUCAGCUGAGUUCGGAGCUCCUGCAGGACGGCACCACCGUGGAGAACCUGUACCUUCUGCUGCAGGAGCUGAGGACGGCGGCUCACCGCAACGCCACGCUGAGGAGGCUCUUCUGGAGGUCUGGCGAGGCGUUCGUCUUCCUGGUUCAGACUCUGGAGGAAUGUCUUCAUGGCUGUCAGAGCCUCAGCAGAGUUUACACCACAGAUCAGCUCCUGCUGAGUACGCUGAUCGUCCAGACGCUCGCCAUCAUGUUCAGAGAGACGGAGGUGGAAGCAGCCAGGAGCAGCCUGCUGUUCGCCAACAGGGGGGCUCUGAUCUCCAGACUGCUGCUGGCCUUCAUUUGUGAUCCUGGCGGUGAGAAGCAGAGUCGAGGAUCCGCGUCUGACUCCGAGCUUCAGGCUUUGCUCUCAGAGUACCUGGAUGCUGCCUGCUCGCUGCUGUCUGAGCUGCUGCUGCUGGGCUACGAGACCCGCCGAUGUUUCCCCGGAGAGAACUUCGUGUCCGUGUCGUGGAUCCUGGGAGUCCUUCAGCCUCACCCCCACCUGCUGCCCUUCAUCCGCCACCAGGCCCAGAAGCUGGUUCUGGUUCUGUCGGACCAGAACGGGUCGGUUCUGAGCCCGGCGCAGUCCGUUCUGCUGUUCCAGCGCUGUCGCCUCCUGCUGGCCUGUCUGCAGUACAGCAACCAGCUGGCUCAGCACCUGCAGCUGAACUUCAGAGAGGAAUUCAGAUUCGCUGUGACUCCGUCCAGCGCCGAGGAGAAGCUGCAGCCUCGUUAUCCGAUCUGCAAACCGACUGCAAGACUCGUUCAGCGCAUCGUGACACUCAUCCAGCGCAGCUGAGGCCACAGGAAGCUAGAAGAUCACUCCAGAAACAAAACGCUCAGACAGAAUGUGACAUUAUCAGCGGCAGGAAUGAUGCUGCCGCUGCAGGUCCAAUAAC